UAAGUGGGUUCUUUGUUUCUCCCUGUAUUAAAAAAUACCUUUUGAUAAAUAUAAUUGAACCUAUUCUAAAAAAGUAAACGACCCCAAAAAGAGUACGUAAAUCUAUCCAAUAAUUGAUCUGAUAAAUGUCUUUGUUUCAGAUAAUAUUUAUUUCAGGUCAUUCGCAUGUCAUCGACCUCGUCGCCAUGGGGUAGUGCUUGUGAGUUGUGACAUUACGGAUGAUUGUUUGCAGUGAUUUAAUAAGUUUAAUUGGAAAAGUGUUAAAAACUUUUAACUAUGUAUUCUAUGAACUAUAUCGGUAAGUUCAUCGCGAACUUCCGCGAGUUCUACAACGAGAUCAAUGGUGCAACUUUGACCGGUGCCAUUGAUGUGGUGGUGGUGGAACAACCCGAUGGUAGCUUCACCUGUUCCCCGUUUCACGUGCGUUUCGGCAAACUUGGCGUGCUGCGUUCCAGGUUUAAAGUAGUGGACUUGGAACUGAACGGAGAACCUUUGAAUAUUCAUAUGAAAUUGGGGGAGUCAGGAGAGGCGUUCUUUGUGGAAGAGGUGGGGGAAGACGAAGCGGAGUGUUCGGCACACCUCGCAACGUCUCCUAUACCUGCUUCGCGCUUCGAAGAACUAUACGAGCCGCGCCGUCGUAAUUCGCUCUCUGUCGUAGAACCCGAUCACGGGCAGGCGUCUGACUACACUAAGCGAAGGUACACCGCAGAUGCUCAGUCUAUGCAAAAACCUAACUUAAGUAAAUUGACAAAGAAUAAUAAUGCCAAAGAAGAGACUACUAAUAAUGAAAAUAAUAAUGAAAAUGACGCGUUGUUCGAGAUGGAAGGUCUCGACGACGCGACCGUACCGUCUGGCGCUGAUCGAGCCGACGGACGAACGCCAAAGACAUUUGCAGCGACGCAAAUAAGCGGCACGGGAAGCGAAGCUAGUCAAACUGUGCAGAAAAUUAGUGCUAAUAACGAUUUUCGCCCUAUAGAGGCGGCUCUCCUGAACCAAGAGGAGAUCAAACAGAAUGGUAACGGGAAGAAAAAGAAGAAAACUAGAAAGUUAAGUUCUAAAAAGAAACACCAGAGGAAAUCAUCUACGAGCUCGAUAUCUAGCCAGUCAGAUCGAGCCGGUUCCGAACAGAGAGCAUCACAGCCAGCCUCUAUACCCAAUGCGACUGAUAUAAAUUUCUUCAGCGACAGUGAAAUCAACACUGCUGCUCUCAGGAGCACUCGGAACGGCACACCCGUGCAGUCAGACACGGAGGUUGAGCUAGCCCGGACAGCAGUCGGGGAUAAGUCCUCUCAGUCUUGGCGCUGGGGAGAGUUGCCGGAGCCGCCUGUGCGCACGGAGAUAUCCGCUACACCUGACUCCCCCGAUUCGCCUCCCUCCCCCGCAUCUCCUGCAUCGCCCGCCUCUCCUACUGAGCCACUAAGCUCCGAUGAGGAGCGAUCUGCUCGCCGGGGUGUCUUAUCUGGAAUGUUCCGGUUUAUGUCGACACGUGAAGCAUCCGAGGUGGCUACUGAGGGGGUUUAUCUCGAUGAUCUCGACCGCGGGCAGGUUGAUCCCGAUCUCUAUUUUCCUAAACACCACACUGAACGUUACCGCGCAGGUGUGACUAGUGCACCACAUCCUACGACGGGUCCCACCGAGGAAGAAUACGAGUCUGGCAACGGCCCCUCGCUGCCGCAAUCGCCAGCGUCGCUCGACCCACCUGUUCUAGAUUCUGACGAUGAUGAAAAACUUCUAGCCAAAGGUCAAGUGGGUGUGUAUGUUCGGGAGGACGUGGUGUCGCGCGCGUUGCCAUUCGAAGAGUUUUGUGCUCGAGGCGUGACCCUCGCCAACGAGGGCCGCCUGGUGGUGAGGCUGGGCGACCGCUGGCUACCGUGGCGCAGCGCUGGCCCGCUGCUGUUGUCGCUGCUUGCAUACCGCCGUCCGCUACCAACGCGCGUAUUGGAGUCCCUGGAGAAAGACUUGGACAAAGAGUGCCCACGGACUGCGGAUACCGCGUCAAAACCUCGCGGCUACUCCUGGUGGAGCUGGAGGCGAUCCAACUCGGAGACCAAACGUUCCGAAUCGUCAUCAAAAGAUGAACCUGAUAAGAAAUUGGACAUAACCCAAGUAGAAACUGUCACUGAAGUAAAAAUAGAAGCUGAAUUAAUGGACGAGCCGGUACCGGAGACUGUCCCCGUAGAGGAAGCACUCGAAUCACCGGAAACAGAAGAGACUGUCGUAAUUGAAGAAAUUUCAGAAGUAGAACCUACUCCGAUUCAAGAAAAAGAUGAUCUUCAAGAAAACAGUUCCUCGGAUUCAGAUCAAGAGGGAAAAUCGGUUCCUAAACGACGACACUCCUCCUUCCGUAAGACAUUGCGGUUGUCUUCCGAACAAAUUAAAGAAUUGAAUCUCCGCGAGGGAAUGAACGAGAUGGUGUUCAGUGUGACGACAGCAUACCAGGGCACAACUAGAUGCAAAUGCAAUGUGUUCCGAUGGCGGUACGACGACAAAAUUGUCAUCUCCGACAUUGACGGAACCAUAACAAAGUCGGAUGUGUUGGGUCAUAUCUUCCCACUGGUGGGAAAGGAUUGGGCACAGUCGGGGGUAGCACAAUUAUUUACCAAGAUAAAGAACAAUGGCUAUCAGCUGCUAUAUUUAUCCGCCCGCGCUAUAGGACAGGCAAGGGUGACACGCGAGUAUCUCCGCUCGAUCCGUCAAGGUGAGGUUUGCCUCCCCGAUGGACCGUUGCUGCUGAAUCCGACGUCACUCCUGCGCGCCUUCCACCGUGAAGUCAUAGAGAAGAAACCUGAAGAGUUCAAGAUUCAGUGCCUCGCCGACAUCAAAGCACUAUUCCCGCAAGGCUCUAAUCCAUUUUAUGCGGGAUACGGCAACAGAGUUAACGACGUUUGCGCAUAUCAAGCCGUCGGCAUUCCUAUCGUGAGAAUAUUCACGAUCAAUUACAAGGGUGAACUCAAACACGAAUUGACUCAGACAUUCCAAUCGACUUACCACGUCCAAAGUAACAUGGUCGAUGAUUUAUUCCCGCUACUCAAACGUGAUAGAAAUGUUAAAGAACGUGAUAAAAUCUAGUCCAAAGUUUAAUUAUAUUUUAGUUAAUGCAUAUAGUGAGAGAUAAGCAGACACUCGACAUUGCCGGUACUCGCACAUGUCGGUUCUAGUGGAUCAAGUGUUUCCGCCGGCUCUAUGCGAGCCCUCGGAUGAGUUCUCGCAGACUGUCUACUGGCGCGAACCGCUGCCCGCCUUUGAUCCACCACAAGUCACUGUUCCUCCAUCAAAAAGUAACUGAAGUCAUCUUAAAAUAUAACUUAUUAUAUACGUAUAUUAUAAUUCCCAGUGAUAGGAAUAUGUAAAACCAUCCAAGUUAAGGCACAUUUUUAUUGG